GAGAAGAGACUUCAUUUGUGUCUCUGAGUCUGAGUCGAGCAGGUUACAGAGGACGACCCGACACUCAGCCCACACCUGGCGCUGCAUUUCUACAGCUGUAAAAGAGAGAGAGCAACGUUUCCCUUCCGGAGGGGAGGUGGGAAGCUGUCUACCUGCUGUCUACCUGAGAUGAUGAGGGAAACCUGGGGAAAUGAUCCCGAGGGACUUGUCUGAUGGGGAAGAAAACUUGACUGGGAUGUAAACACGGACCGUGGAUCUCUAAUCAGGAGUGUUUUCCCGUCACCGCGAUGGCGCCACGUGAGAGCUUCCUCCUGACCCACCUGCUCCUGCCCCUCCAUCUCCUCCUCCCUCUCACCUUGUCUCUCCUCCACCCUCCCCACCAGACGCCCGUCCACGUCCCCACGCUGGUCCCCCACACGCCGACGCCCCUCGCCCGCUCCCGCUUCAGCGCCCACGCUCAGCUGGACUUCACCACCCACUGCAACUCCAGCUGCUUCCACAGAGGAGAGCACGAGGAGCAGAGGGAGCAGCUCUCUGAGCAGCUGGCGUUCGAGACGCUGUACGCCGACGGCUCCCGCACCCUCACCGCCGUGGACGUGGAGGGCGAUGAUGAGUUUGAAGGCGACGACUUCGCUCGGCCGUCGCUCGGGAGGAGUUUCAGGGUGAAGCCCAGACACAGGCGUGUGAGGCGACAGAUCUAUGGAGCGGACGGCCGCUUUAACAUCCAAGGGGACGACUUCCUGUUAGACUACCCCUUCUCCACGGCCGUGCGCAUCUCCACCGGCUGCACCGGCGUUCUCGUGUCCCAGCAGCACGUCCUCACGGCCGCCCACUGCGUCCACGACGGGAAGGAUUAUGUCAACGGGGCACGGAAGCUGAGGGUGGGCUUCUUGAUCCCUCCCUCCAUCAACGGCACCAGAGCCGGCCUCGCUUCUGGCAAGAAGCCUCUGGUUCGCUGGGUGCGGGUGAAACGCACCCGUGUGCCGAAGGGCUGGAUCCAGGGUCCCCAGGAGGUCAGCAUGGACUUUGAUUACGCCCUGCUGGAGCUGCGUUGGCCUCAUCGGCGUCCCUUCAUGCGCCUCUCCGUGGCUCCCUCCUCAGAGGAUCUGGCAGGGAAACGCAUCCACUUCUCUGGCUUUGACAGCGACAGGCCCGGAGAGCUGGUGUACAGGUUUUGCCCUGUGGAAGAAGAGUCCAGCAACCUGAUAUACCAGCACUGUGACGCCCGACCCGGAGCCAGCGGCUCUGGCGUGUAUGGACGAGUGUGGGACAACGGCUUGGAGCGCUGGGAAAGGAAGGUCAUUGGUAUUUUCUCCGGGCACCAGUGGUUGGAGAUCGAUGGGGAGAACCGGGAUUACAAUGUGGCGGUGCGCAUUACUCCUCUGAAGUUUGCUCAGAUCUGUUACUGGGUGCAUGGUAACCGACUAGACUGUGUCCAGGACUAAGAAAGGGGCUCUGAAAGUGUAAACAAGGUGACAUUUCUCCUGAAGAAAGAAGAGUGAAACAGGCUUAAACCCACACAGAAGUUACAUCCUUCAGUGAAGCUCGUCAGCUUUUAGUCUGUGUUUAAUUUGCUCCCUUGAACUUCUGGGCCUAUUAAAUAAAUCAGCCUGUGAGAUCAUCACCAAAGGCAUCUUUUAAUAUGUUGUUGCCCGCAUUCACAUUAAUAACACGGUCAGCGUUUCCACAGAAUUAACACGAGACACUUUUAACAAGAGGGGAAAAAGUGUCUUAUGUUUCUGAGUAGCAGCAGCUCAUUUUCCUUCCGAGGAUUUCUUUUUUUAUUGUUCCUGCUCUUUCUUUCGGGACACGGUUUUAAUAUUUUUACUGCUCUUGGUGGAUCAUUCACCUCCUUUUGCUUCAACCUGCAUUCAGAAUAAAGACUGAUGUAGUUUAAAGGACAGUACUUUUCAGCAGACAGUAUACUCUUCUCAGUGUGGACUGAAAGCACAGAGAGCUAAUUUUAUUUUUUGAAAAAUGCUUGAUAUAUUUUAAUAAACAGAGAUUUAUAUCUAUGUCGGUGUGAAUGGUUUUGAUUUCAGGAGUGGUGUUGAGCUGCCCCACCGUGGCCAUAACGAGUACUGCAGCUUCACUUGAAACUUUGAGCCAAGAUUCUCAUGUCUUAUUCUGUCAUGUUUUAUGCAUCAAUUCUAAAGUGCAUGUUUCUACUAUAAACAACGUCUGCAACAUAAAUGUAGAUUUCAAAAUCGGCAUGUUGCUGUAAAAGAUAAUCUUCAGUUUCUUAAACAAAUUGAAUAAGAGCAGAACAAAUCAGUAGUUUAGUGCUUUUUAUUAGAGAUAAGGAGACGAUACAAAACAUCCACCAUUCAAUAUUCAGUCUAAACUCUGACCGCUGGUCCUUCAUAUACACAUCGCUCCCCAUCAGACCUUCAUAACACCAAAGUUUUUAAAUCCUGGUUUUUAACAAGUACAAGGAAUGUUGUGUUUUACUACAUCAAUUGUUUUCUGACCCAGAACUGGAAAAUAAAAAGGAAUCACUCAAGUUUUGGAAUUUGCAUGUUCAAAAAGAAAAGAAAAAAAAAAAACAAUGGAAUAACAAAACAAAGAAAAUAUAUAUAUAUUUAAUAACCGUGCUCCCCCAGAGAAGGUUUUGAUACAUGUUGUGCAAUCAAGAUUGAAUUAGUUCAUACUACAUCUAGUCUCAACUACACACACUUACAAAACUUAACUAGAAGUUUGGCAAAAAAAAAAAAAAAAAUUAAAUGUAGUUGGAACAAUUAUUUGUCAGGAGUCAAUGGUUGGAAAACUAAACGUUGUCCCUUUCUCUGCAAUCUCUCAAAUGGAACCCGGAAAGAACAAAACCCUGUCAUGAACAAUAUGUGUACUUAAGUUUUAUCGUCAUCAUCCUUCCUCAGUUGUAUCUUAAUGUUUUUCCUUUGUGUGUGUUUUGUUCGUAAUCAUUAUGUUGCAUGAACUGAAAUGACAGUCUGCUUGUUUUUUUUUUUCUUUUCUUUUAACUGU